AUGGCGACCGAAGUGAGGCAGGAGCUCGCUCAGCUAAUGAACUCCAGUGGAUCCCACAAAGAUCUCGCUGCAAAAUAUCGACAAAUUUUGGAGAAGGCCAUUCAGUUCACAGAUGCAGACCAACUGGAAUCCUUAAAGGCGUUUGUUGAAGCAAUGGUCAAUGAAAAUGUCAGUCUUGUCAUCUCUAGACAACUGCUCACUGACUUCUGCACGCACCUCCCCAACCUGCCCGACAGUACAGCUAAAGCAGUAUACCACUUCACAUUGGAAAAGAUUCAGCCUAGAGUCAUCUCCUUCGAGGAACAAGUCGCCUCAAUCAGACAGCAUUUAGCCACCAUUUAUGAAAAGGAGGGGGACUGGAGAAAUGCUGCCCAGGUUUUAGUUGGUAUUCCCCUGGAAACAGGACAAAAGCAGUACAAUGUCGACUAUAAAUUGGAUACAUACCUGAAAAUUGCACGUCUCUACUUGGAGGAUGAUGAUCCUGUGCAGGCCGAGGCCUACAUCAACAGAGCCUCGUUGCUUCAGAAUGAGUCUUCUAAUGAACAGCUACAGAUACACUAUAAGGUGUGCUAUGCUAGAGUGCUAGACUUUAGGAGGAAGUUUAUUGAAGCUGCUCAGAGGUACAACGAGCUGUCUUACAAGUCCAUUGUCCAUGAAAGUGAACGUCUGGAGGCCCUGAAGCAUGCCCUCAACUGCACCAUACUGGCAUCUGCAGGCCAGCAGCGCUCCCGUAUGCUUGCCACUCUGUUUAAGGAUGAGCGCUGUCAGCAACUGGCUGCCUAUGGUAUUCUGGAGAAGAUGUAUCUGGACCGCAUUAUCAGAGGCAACCAGCUACAAGAGUUUGCUGCCAUGCUCAUGCCUCACCAGAAGGCCACGACAGCAGAUGGCUCCAGCAUCCUUGACAGAGCAGUGAUCGAGCACAAUCUCCUGUCUGCUAGUAAACUCUACAACAACAUUACUUUUGAAGAACUGGGAGCACUGUUAGAAAUCCCUCCAGCAAAGGCUGAGAAGAUCGCCUCCCAGAUGAUUACUGAAGGACGCAUGAAUGGCUUCAUCGACCAGAUAGAUGGCAUCGUGCACUUUGAGACUCGUGAGCCCCUUCCAACCUGGGACAAGCAGAUCCAGUCUCUCUGUUUCCAAGUCAACAACCUGCUAGAAAAGAUCCGUCAGGCUGCUCCGGAGUGGGCGGCGCAGGCUAUGGAAGCCCAGAUGACCCAGUAAACACCUCCCAGACAUUCCCCUAAACUGCUCCAGCAGACAAGUCCCUCUCGCCCCUUUAUUUUUGUCUUCCUACUCAAAAAUCUCACAAAUCCUAUCCCAGUAAGCAAAUUCUGCCAUCACCAAUAUUCUUUUAAGGAAGCGCUGCUCUUUUUUUUCUUUCUUUCUUUCUUUUUUAAAUUCAUUCUUUGCCCACAGGUAAAAUGGUUCAGUAUUAGACCUAUCCUGGACCUAUGUCUUGCACGAAUAAAGACAGCAGUGCUUUAAUUUAAUGUCUAGGUGUGACUUCAUGGUAUUGACUCCCUGGGUCUUGAGGCAUGCAACUCAAUGAAGAGAUACUGUAUCUUCAUUCUUGGAGUUAUUAGUUUGGUUCUGAUGAUUUAGAUACUUGAUGUGAUAUAGGAGUCCAAAGGAGCUCAAAGGCGUGAAAGGGUUUGUUUUAUAUUAAUUGGUAUGUUUAAACUGUUGCUUUCCAGCACACUCAUGUUUUUAAUUUGACAUGCCACAGCAAUAUCCGUGAAGUGCUUCUUGGUUUCUUGCGUCAUGUAAACCUAUGUUGUUACAAACUCCUGUAAAAGUUCAACAAAUUAAAUUUGAGGGCCAGAAAAAUCA